UUUCAGUGUCGUACAUGUCAGAGAUUGGCCAUGACCACCAUCGACAGUAAUCCAAGUUCAUCUUCAGCAAAGCUUGCAGUACCGUCUGCUAAUGCAAGCGAUGGUAAAAGCACCGGCGGUCGUGCUCGAGCAUUCUCCUUAUCAACCAUCAUGGCUGGUAGAGCCCGCCGAUCUUAUUCGGUAUCAUCAGCUUACCCACCUACCAGCAAUCCAAGUUUGUAUCUAUCCCCUCCCCGCUCAUCGGGGGACCACACCUUCAGUAUAAAUGCAGAUAUACCGUUGCCAUAUCCUCCCGGAUCGUCCCCUUUGAGCGAUGUUACAAAAUUGCAACAGUUCAGUUCACUCUCUGUAUCUGUGGCACAAAGAAGAAACUCCACUGCUGCUUUACGGCGAAAGUAUGAGGAUUUGGAGCAGAAACUCGAGGCUACUCCGUUAUGGGUUUUGGUAUCUACGUAUCUGAACUACCUGAUCUUGAUUUUGUACGGCCAUUUACGAGAUAUCCUCGGCAAAGUCUUCAAACGAGAUGAAUAUGCUCAUUUACGUACCCACAACGGAUAUGCUCCGUUAGUCUCUGAUUUCGAUUCUUUCUACACACGCCGAUUGUACAUGCGAAUUCGCGAUUGCUGGAAUAGACCUAUCACAGGUGUCGCUUCUCGUACGGUCAAGUUGUUGGACAGAACAAGCGAUGACUUUAACAAAACCUUUAGUUUGACUGGCACUACCACCGAAGCCGUCAAUUUUGCUUCAUAUAACUAUUUGGGUUUUGCUCAGAGCGCCGGAGAAUGUGCUGAUGCAGUUGAAGAAACUGUAAAGACCUUGGGUGCCUGCAGUAGUAGCCCUCGAUCUGAAGCUGGUGGAAGCAGCUUACAUCGUCAGCUUGAAGGCAAGGUAGCACAGUUUGUUGGAAAGCCGGCCGCUAUCGUUGUUUCCAUGGGGUUUGCUACAAAUUCGACAACCAUUCCUACAUUGGUUCGAAAGGGCUGUUUGAUCAUUAGUGACGAAUUGAACCACAGUUCUAUCAUCUUUGGAGCCCGACUUUCUGGAGCUUCCAUUCGUGUCUUCAAGCAUAACAACAUGGACAGCUUGAAACUUUUGCUGCAAGAGGUUAUCUCGCAAGGCCAACCUCGUACUCACCGACCUUGGAAGAAGAUCAUGGUGAUUGUUGAAGGCUUGUAUUCCAUGGAAGGCUCCAUUGUCAAUUUGCCUGCUCUCGUACAACUUCGCAAACAAUUUGGCUUCUAUCUUUACGUCGAUGAAGCACAUUCUAUUGGUGCUUUGGGUGAACGUGGAGGGGGUGUUUGUGACUUUUAUGGUAUUAGUCCAUCUCAUGUUGAUAUCCUUAUGGGCACAUUCACGAAAUCAUUUGGCGCUGCUGGUGGAUACAUUGCUGCCAAUAAGGAAAUCAUUGAUUAUCUACGAUUGAAGAAUCAUUCAUUUGCAUACGCUGAAUCCAUCACUCCUCCUGUGGCUCAGCAAAUUUUGACUAGCAUUACAAUCAUUCGUGGCGACGACGGUACCAAUGAGGGACGCAAACGUAUUCAGCAACUGGCCGAUAAUUCCAUUUACUUUGCUGCUCGUCUUCGAGAAAUGGGAUUCAUUGUUUAUGGCGAUGAAGGAAGUCCUGUCAUCCCUCUUCUGGUCUUUAACCCAGCCAAAAUACCUGCAUUUUCUCGCGAGUUAUUACAAAGAAAAAUUGCUAUUUGCGUUGUUGGAUAUCCCGCAACCCCCAUUAUUACCGCACGAGCACGCUUCUGUGUUUCUGCUUCGCACACACGAAAAGACCUUGACUAUGCUCUGGAGCAUAUUAGUGAGAUUGGUGAUACUUUGAUGCUCAAGGUCUCCCGAGCAGCUAGAAAAAAGUUAGAAUAGAAUAGUUAAUUUUUGUGAUCUAUCCCUGUUGUUGUGUUUAACAGACCUGUAUCAUAUCAGUAUUUAUGCAAAAUCAAACUAAAAGCAUGCUUCCCAACUUUUUUCUUU